AUGACGGAACUGCAGAGUGAAAUCCUGAACCGCACAUUCUGGGCUUGUUUUGUCAUGGACAGACUGGUCUUCUGUGGAAAACCUCAGCCAUUGACUCUUCCCCUUCAUUCAGUGGAUGUGCACUGGCCUGUUGGACAGCGAGACUUUGCAUUCGGCCAAACGACAUCUCGUAUCUACCCAAAUGUUGAGCACAGCAAAGUCAUUGAUCACGCCAAGUAUCAUGACUUGGACAGAGUAUAUACCCUUAUUGUUCAAGGCUACGAUGUUUGGUCCAAGAUCCUGCAGUGGAUAGCCGGUGGUGGCCGUCGACGACCGUCUACUCGCCAGCAAGUUGAAUGGCGGGACAGACAAGACACCAGCAUACGAUUUCCAGAUACAGCGUUAGAAGUUCAUGCAAGUCUUGGCCAGGCACAUUGUUUCGCGUAUCUCAAUCUGAUAUAUCAUCUCUGCCGGCUGUUCCUGGGGCGUGAAUAUAUCCCUUUUCUUCCGACGCCCACCUCCCAGCCUUCAGGGCCGGUAGAUCCGCCCCUUUUGGCACAGGAGGCACCUUCGGGAUGGUGGGAAGAAAGGGCAUGUGAGCUGUUCGCAUCUUCCGCACACAUAACCGAUAUUCUUCGCCGAUUAGAUGCUGCAGCGACGCCAUUUUUCACUCCGUUUUCAGGCUUCUGCGCCUUCUCAGCAGCAACUAUGAAUGCAAACGUCUUGUAUUUCCCUCGAAUGAACCUGGGCCGAAGUACGACAGCUGCGGCAGACUUCAACGCUGACAGAGCUUACCUUGACCGCUUUCGUACGCAGUGGGCAAUUGGAGCUCGUUGGUGGACGGCCAUUGAGACUACCCAGCGUCUUUACGAACGGGCUGGUCGUGACCAAAACAAGUUUAUUGGCAAGACCCGUACAGACUUUUUGGCAUUAGAGGCGAUCAUAAACCACAGUGCAUCCAGCUUCCCUUCCGAGGAUGAAACUGAUACUCAUAUGGAGCCUCGAGAUCACCUGAGAGAUCUACCAGCAACCCCUAGGUCUAGUAGUGUCAACGAAGGGCUUGCGACUCUCGCCGGAAACCACUCUGUUUCUGGAGCGAUGAGCGUGCGAAACUCGACUCAGGUUCAACCACAGAUACAAUCGCAACUUGACACAGCUUUAUACUAUGACGGUAAUGGCAAUGAAUGGAAUGCAAUCUGGCCUCUGUGGGAAGAUCAAAUAGGUAUCGCUUUUGCAUCGGACCAUGCUCCGUGGGAUUACGCUGCAAACUCAGCGUCUAUGUUGUGA